AUGGGUGGCUCCCGCGAAGUCCAGAUCUCCGGCUACAAGCUCAUCAUCCACGAGGGGGAUGGCACCGUCGACCCCUCCACGGGCCGCGCCCUCACCGGCUCAUGGCUCUGGGACUCCGCCGUCUACCUCGCCGAGUGGAUGGCCGCCUGCGGCGGAGCCCAGCUCGCCGGCGCCACCGUCCUGGAGGUCGGCGCCGGGACGGGCCUCCCGGGUUUGCUGGCCGCCUCCAUGGGCGCGGCGCGCGUGGUGCUCACCGACGUCGGGCAGCUUCUCGAAGGCCUCCGGGCCAGCGUCGCCGCCAACGGUCAAGGAGCGCGGGUAGAGGUGCGGGAGCUGCGGUGGGGAGAAGCGGCGGAGGCUGCUGACGUGGUGCUGAUGUCGGACGUGUUCUUCGACGCGGAGGAGAUGGAGGGGCUGGGGAGGACGAUGAGGGCGGCUUGGGGGGCGGGGACGACGGGGUGGGCGGCGACCGAGGUGAGGCCGGGUGUGGGCGAGUGUCUGGAGGCGCUGAAGCGGGAGGGGUUCGAGGCGACGGUGGUGGAGGAGAGCGUUCGGUCGUUGAUGCGGACGGCGGCCUCGCAAACGCCAGAGGAAGGAGAGAGUUCGGUGUUCGCUCUCUACCGCAUCAGCCGUCGCUUGCCGUAA